AUGAGCUUGACCUCGCGUGUGUUUGGCCUGUUUACGACGACAGAGACACCUUCGGAUUCCCCUGCGUCGGCCGUCUAUUCGAAGACCGCCAGCACCGGCGAACACGUUCCCCAUGGUUCCGGUCAAGUGAAGACGCAUCGAGGCGCUCAUGCCCAAGAUGCUGCCUCAAUAGCAGACGAGGAGGAGCCCCGGCCUCCGUAUUUGCACGCUAUGCUUGCGGGUGGUACUGGCGGUACUUGUGGUGAUAUGCUCAUGCAUUCGCUCGACACAGUCAAGACGAGACAGCAGGGCGACCCUCACUUCCCUCCGAAAUACACGUCCAUGACCUCAUCCUAUGCGACCAUCUAUCGACAAGAAGGGUUCUUUCGAGGUCUCUACGGCGGCGUGACGCCUGCCUUCCUCGGCUCCUUCCCGGGAACGGUGACUUUUUUCGGAGUUUAUGAGUUCACCAAGCGGCGGAUGCUGGACGCCGGGAUCAAUCCCAAUCUUGCCUAUCUUUCUGGGGGUUUCUUUGCCGAUCUCGCCGCAUCCAUCGUCUACGUCCCUUCGGAGGUCUUGAAAACUCGCAUGCAAUUGCAGGGACGCUACAACAACCCCUACUUUUAUUCGGGAUACAACUACCGUUCCACGACAGACGCUUUUCGCACGAUUGUCCGACAGGAGGGGGUCGCCGCGCUGUUCUACGGAUACAAGGCGACUAUCUUCCGCGACCUCCCGUUUUCGGCCCUACAAUUUGCUUUUUACGAGCAGGAGCACCGCAUGGCCAUUGAAUGGAUGGGGUCUCGAGACAUUGGACUUGGGUUAGAGAUCCUGACCGCGGCGACCGCCGGUGGAAUGGCAGGCGUGAUCACAUGUCCGAUGGAUGUCGUCAAAACCCGCGUCCAGACGCAACAAAACCCCGAGACCAUGAGUCCGCCGAAAGGCGCCACCGAACACGCCUCGGUCAAGGAGAGUCCCCGGCAGCAUGCGCCAUCUCAGACGACGUCAUCGAGCCUCCGAACGCAUUCGCGACCGAUUUCCACUUCUCCGCCGUCGACGUCGAUGCCUCCUCCCGGAACCCCUCGCCUGGAUACUACUUCGUUCUUCACCGGUUUGAAGAUGAUCUACCAGGCGGAAGGUAUCCGGGGCUGGUUCCGCGGUGUCGGACCUCGAGGCGUGUGGACCAGCAUUCAGAGCGGAACGAUGUUGGUCCUGUACCAAUACUUGUUGAAGAAAUUCGAAGAAUACCAGAGCAUCGGGGAGACGAACCCGCUAUAA